CCCCGCGCCGUGCUCAGUGCCUGGCGGGAGGCGGCAGCGGUUGGAGGGUUUGCCGGGCUUUGCAGCUGGGACUUCGGCGGCGCCUCAGGCACCUCGGCCUGGAACCAUGCGGCGAGUGGUACGACAGAGCAAGUUCCGGCAUGUAUUUGGACAAGCCGUGAAGAAUGACCAGUGCUAUGAUGACAUUCGGGUUUCUCGUGUGACCUGGGAUAGUUCCUUUUGUGCUGUCAAUCCCAGAUUUGUUGCCAUCAUCAUAGAAGCCAGUGGGGGAGGAGCAUUCCUGGUGCUCCCUUUGCAUAAGACGGGUCGAAUUGACAAGUCCUACCCUACAGUAUGUGGCCACACAGGACCAGUGCUGGAUAUAGACUGGUGCCCGCACAAUGAUCAGGUCAUUGCCAGCGGCUCAGAGGACUGCACAGUUAUGGUGUGGCAGAUCCCAGAAAAUGGACUCACCCUUUCCCUGACGGAACCUGUGGUGAUUUUGGAAGGCCACUCAAAGAGGGUUGGCAUCGUGGCCUGGCAUCCGACAGCCCGCAACGUUCUUCUUAGUGCAGGCUGCGACAAUGCCAUUAUCAUCUGGAACGUGGGGACCGGGGAAGCCCUGAUCAACUUGGAUGAUAUGCACUCAGACAUGAUCUACAACGUGAGCUGGAACCGGAAUGGCAGUCUCAUCUGCACUGCUUCCAAAGACAAGAAAGUGAGAGUCAUCGAUCCCAGGAAACAGGAGAUUGUUGCUGAGAAGGAGAAAGCACACGAAGGAGCCAGACCUAUGCGAGCCAUCUUCCUGGCUGACGGCAAUGUCUUCACCACUGGCUUUAGCCGCAUGAGUGAGCGGCAGCUGGCGCUCUGGAACCCGAAAAACAUGCAAGAACCAAUUGCACUUCACGAGAUGGACACGAGCAACGGGGUGCUGCUGCCUUUCUAUGACCCUGACACCAGCGUCGUGUACCUGUGUGGAAAGGGUGACAGCAGUAUCCGCUAUUUCGAGAUCACGGAUGAGUCCCCCUAUGUUCACUACCUCAACACUUUCAGCAGCAAGGAGCCUCAGAGGGGCAUGGGCUACAUGCCCAAGAGGGGACUGGACGUCAACAAAUGUGAGAUUGCCAGGUUCUUCAAGCUCCACGAGAGAAAGUGUGAGCCCGUCAUCAUGACAGUCCCCAGGAAGUCCGACCUUUUCCAGGAUGACCUGUACCCUGACACAGCGGGGCCAGAAGCCGCGCUGGAGGCAGAGGAGUGGUUUGAGGGGAAGAAUGCUGACCCCAUCCUCAUCUCCUUGAAGCACGGCUACAUUCCUGGCAAGAACAGGGAUCUGAAAGUGGUCAAGAAGAACAUUCUGGACAGCAAGCCCACAGCAAACAAGAAGUGCGACCUGAUUAGUGUCCCCAAGAAAACCACAGACUCAGCCAGUGUGCAAAAUGAAGCCAAGUUGGAUGAGAUUUUAAAAGAGAUCAAAUCUAUAAAAGAUACAAUCUGCAAUCAAGAUGAGCGCAUUUCCAAGUUAGAACAGCAGAUGGAGAAGAUAGCCGCCUGAAGGCCCCUCCCUUCUCCCCCUUGUGAGCCUGGGAGGGAGAACUUGUGCUGGGUAGCUGGCUGUUGGCACGGUCCUCGGGCGGGCGGGAAGGGCGGCACUGCCAUCAGGAGACAUUCCAUUCAGAUCUGUCAACCAGCCAUAGGCCACAUUCCAGUAGGAACUCAAUUCCUCUCCUAAAUUUGCAAAAUCAAGAGCUGAGCUUUUUUUAUCCGAAAGCUUUUUGACGUUUUAAGUGUUAUGUGACUUGUUGAACUUUUAUGAGACAAACAUGCUACUUUUAAAAUCCCCGAUCUUCUGAAUUUCAGAAAACAAAUCAAUUCUGAUUCAGUGUCGUGCCCAAGUACCUUUUUUUUUUUUAAGUGACUAGGGACCAAUGCCACAUUGCUUUUUGUAUUUCUUUCUUUCUUUUUUUUUUUUUUUAAUGUUGCCAAAACCAAAAGUAGCUUUUUUUCCUUUGUAUUUUGCUACUUUGCAGUAUUUGUGUGGGUUUUUUUUUUCUUAAUUUGAAAGGGACAGCACUGUGUAUGUUUAUAAGGAAAUGAAGAUAAGAUAUUAUUUUGUAUAAACACUCAUCUGAGAACAAUCAGCGGAAGCCACAAGGUGCUGGCUCAUUUGCAGCACAAACCUGGUCAUUGUAUUGACGAUGGAAGGAAGACUUGAAAAAAUUACAUGGACGGACCACUUUACCACCUGCAUUCUGUCGAGUCUCCUGAUCAAAAAGAGCUCACAUCCUGUCCUCUUCCUCACUUUCUUUUCUCUUUUCUAGAAAUCGGGUGGGUGUAGCAGAAUGGAAUAUUGCUUGAUCCUGUGCGUCAGACGAUUAUAAUCUAACCUAAACUUGCAUGCGUUUCUGCGGUUUUGUUACCACACAGACUGUUGCCUUCAUCACUUUGAACAUUGCGGCUCAGGUUUGGUGCGUGCUUGACCAGGGUGCCUGUGACAGGUGGACACACAUGCUGCUGAGCGUCCCUUCCUGUGGCAGUGGAUUGCCUGGGCCAGAGGGCAUUCAGGAAGCCUUUGCCACAUGGUCCUAUCUUCUGCAUGACCCCCUGCUGUCCCUGACACCCAUAGAGCUCUCCUCCUUCCUCCUCUUCACUCCCCUGUGACCUCUCAGGGCUCCCCAGUCAGUUCAGCCCUAACCAUGAUCAGCAAGGCGAGGCUCAGGGAACACUGGAUGUGCAGACUGAAAAGCAUGAUCUAGAACAAACCAGGGGCAGGAGGGCAGGACCUCUGCUGUCCCUCUGAGCCCUCCACAUGGCCAAGGCUCUGUCUCUGCGGCUCGUGUCCUCACCCUCACUGACCACAGAGGCCCCUGGUGAGCAUGGGUGGCCAGCAUGGCCAGGCCAGCAGGAGCUUUGCACUUUUCUCACAGCACAUGCUUGGGAAGCCAGACACAGGAGGAAGGUGCCUCUGUCCUGGAAGGGCUGUCGGUCACCACCACGGGCCCAAGAGGGAGCUCUUUGGCAUGAGCUGGGGCUGGCUGCAAGGGCGUGGACGGGGGGCAGCGUGCCGGAGGAGCGUGGCAGCUGGUUAGACCACAUGGCCCAACUGGGGGAACUGGCUACUGGCAAGGCUACCAAAUUCCUAACCAGCCAUUCCAGGUUCCCCUUCGCGUCGAGAUGUUCUGUGUGCAUGUGUGUUGGAUGGUGACAUGGGUAUGGGAUGUAAAGAAAAGUUAUAGUGACUUGUCGUUGACGCCGCACUGUUCAGAUGAGCUCUUCUGGGAUGCAGAAGUGUCGUUGAGGUUCUGAAAGCAAAAAGAGUUUGAGAAGAAAGCUGUGGGUGGUAGUGGUGCCACCGGGGAAUGCGGCCCACAGAAGGGGGCCGGGCCUGCGCCCUGCACUGACUGCAGCCUCGCCCUCCACUCGGGUCCCAGUGCUGCCUGGAGCUUUGUGGAUGCUCUCCUGUCUCCCAAGUUGUGUUUGUCCAGCAUUGUCUUUUGAAAGCCAGACAUCCACAGGAGGACAUGCACACUCCCCGAUCGGCUCUUAUAGAGCGGCCAUAGUGUUCUGUCAAAAACACUUGCUUCCAUUUUCCAAGAUAAAAUCAUUGACUACA